AAAUUGUGUCAUUAUUUUAUUAACCACGUCGUCAUGAUCACAAGAACAACAAGUGAACAAACAACAUUAUCGCCAUGGGCAAUAUGAAUCAGAAUUCGUGUCAAUCAGAACAAUCGUCAACGUCGUCUACAGAUUCGAAUCGUAAAUCUAAAAUUCCGGUUGACCAAAAUGAAUUGAAGAAUCGUCUGACACCUAUUCAAUAUGCUGUGACACAGUUGAAAGCGACUGAAAGACCAUUUACAGGUGAAUACAAUGAACAUCGAGAUCGAGGUGAAUACUUAUGCAUUGUUUGUGAACAAGAAUUAUUUGCUUCGGAUUCUAAAUUUCCUACUGAAUGUGGUUGGCCCGGAUUCAAACGACCAAUACAACAGGUUAAUGUUGCUCUUACAGAAGAUUUAUCGCAUAAUAUGAUUCGAACCGAAGUUACAUGUUCAUCCUGUAAUGCUCAUCUAGGUCAUGUAUUCGAUGAUGGUCCUUAUCCCGAAAGAACACGUUAUUGUAUUAAUUCUGCCGCCUUGAAAUUUAUGAAAAAAAUUCCUAAAUGAAGCUUUGCUCGUGAUAUAUGAUAUAU